UUCUUUUCUUCAUACCUAUUUUUGGUAUUAUAUUGCUUUGCAUAGUUUCCAUUAUCAGAAAGUCAUAGCAAAAGCUUAGAUUGCUUUCUGGCUGAAGUUCCUGCUUUGUGCCUUUCAAUUUUAUUUUGAAUUUAUUUAGCUCAGCUUCAACUGCAAAUAGGCACUAUCAUUCAUGAAUCCAUUUCCAAAACUAAAUACCAUUUGAAAGAGCAACUAACAGCCUGCAACUAUGACAUUUUUCAAGAACAAACCAAUGAAAAAUUUAUUUGCAUACUCAGUUGCUUCAGGCAUUUAAGACUUAUGUGCAUCUCCUUAUUGUUGCAUACAAAAGUGAAAUCAUAUUAAAAGUGCAGAACUUCAGAGAUGUGAGCUGUGUCUUAUCUGGAGCAGUACUUGUGCAAAUUAUUCUUUUUUUAAAAAAAUCCCAACUGAAUUAAUUUAAAUAGCUAAACAUUCCACAUAUGGUGAUCUCAUAUUUUUACAUGAUGCAGUUCAAUAUAGGUUUAUAGCCAUGUUUGGACUGUUUUGAUAAGCACCACUGAAUUUAUUGGCAAUAAUAAAAUCAAUAAAAUGUAUGUGUGUGUUCUUGUUGUUAGAAUAGAUUUGACUUAAAUCACUUUUUCACAUCCAUAUUUACUAGAAAUCUAUUUCAAAUUCAAAUUGAGUUCAUACCCAGGGCUGUAAUAUGUUUUUGUAGAUUACAUAAACCCAGCCACUGAUAUCUGUUGAGAAUGGUUUAUGGCUUAGUAUGGUGUAUGUAUCCAGUAAUUGUAGCUUAUUCAAUAAACACUGAUUAAUUGCAUUUAUGGCUUACUAUAGCUUUCCCCUUUUGGUACUCCCCAGAUGUAUUGGAAUUACAACUCCAAGAAUUAACAGCUGACUUGACACUUUGCGAAUUGCAAUUCAAUGUACUGUAUCUAGAGCAGUGUUUCUCAAACUUGGCAGCUUUAAGAUAAGUGUCUGGCUUGGGAAUUCUGGGAGUUGAUCAGAAACACUGAUUAAGAGAAUAUAAGGCUGAGGAAAAGUAGCUUAACAUGAUGCAUUUACCCAAUUUGAAACUACAAAUACAUUUCCACAUUUGCUCUGAAACUGUCCUAACUGAAUUUGAUGCAGUGGUGAAAUCCAAUUUUUUUUACUACUGGUUCUAUGGGUGUGGCUUGGUAGGCAUAGCUUGGUGGGUGUGGCAGGGGAUGGAUACUGCAAAAACUCCAUUCCCACCCCACUCCAGGGGAAGGAUACUGCAAAAUCCCCAUUCCCACCCCACUCUGGGGCCAGCCAGAGGUGGUAUUUGCCAGUUCUCCAAACUACUCAAAAUUUCCACUACCGGUUCUCCAUAACCUGUCAGAACCUACUGGAUUUCACCCGAUUUGAGGGUUUCAAGGAAAUGUCAUAGGAUUGUAGUAUUUUACUUCCAAGGAUUAUCUUAUGAAUAAAUUUAUGAAUAAACCCCUCUGAAAGUAAUGUAACUUCUGGUCACAUAUACAUAGGCUUUGGCUACAUGUACCACUUGUGAAAAUAUAUUUUAAGCCUUUACAGAUGUUAGUUGGAACUUAAACACAAAGCUUCAUAAUCCCCCUAUCUGCUUUUUGGUGAAGAAUUUAGCUGCUUUGGAAACUGCUGGUUUUAUUUUUUUUCUUAUUUUUUUAAAGCAACAAUUUCUAACUCUAAUGGUUACAAAGUUAGGUACUCAAUGAUGUAAAGACAAGUGCCUGCUAAAACUUUGGAAGCUAGAAGAGGUUCUACUCCUCUCAAAUAACCCAGUUAGCCACAGAUGCAAAAUUCAUCAUCAACCUUUGGUGACCUUUAAAUGCAACAGCAAUGGAAAGAAGCUGUUUGGGGAGUCAGAUGCUUAGAGAGCAGAAUGAGGAAGGCAAGUCCUAAUUUUUUGCCUGUAUUCUCUCUAUUUCUGGAGAAAAUCAGAUUUAUAUAAUCAUUAAGAGCUGACAUGUACCUGGUGACACUUGAGCAAUAAGACACUUGGCGCACUGUAGACACCAAGGUAGCAACCUGCAGUAUUCCAAACUUUUACACUUAGAAUGCACCAUAGGCAAAUAAUUCUGAGAGAAAUCAGAAGAAUAGUAAAAAAGGAAAGGGUCGUUCAUUUCUUUUUCCCUGAUUCCAGUUCCCUACUGUUGUUUCCUUUUAUUAAACAAGAAAGUCAGAUUAUUAAACAAGAAAGUCAGAAAAAAGAAUAACAGUACAGAGACAUCUUUGGCACUAACAUUUUUGCAUUAUUCAUUGGUGUUGGUGAUUCACAUGCUUCUUCAAGUAGAAAAACAGAAUAGAUUUUACAAAAGCAAGAUAAACAAAUGGUCUGAAUAAAAAAUAAAAAGCAUUUUGAUUAAUAUAAUUCAUAUAGGGUGCUGAAUUUAAUGUUAGCAACUGGUGUUGUGAUACCUUGACGGAACAUUUUUAUUUGGUUCGCAGCUCAAAAUACAUGUAGAUUGAUUUAGCAUCUUCCAUAGGGAUGGAUGGCUCAGAAGUUGAGAUGCUGGGCUUGUCAGCUGGAAAGUUUGAGACAUGAGUGCCACACGACAGGUUUUAGGUGCGCAGUGCUGGAUUUAUAAGCAUCUGAAUGCUGUGGAUAUUUCCUAAAAGACCUGAGGUGGAUUCUACCAUGUGUUCCUCAAACUCUGAGAAGUACCACUCAUGAUUCAUGAUUCUUAAUGCCAGAUAGUUGCCACAUAGUCGCCUAGACAGGGCUACAGGUUCAGCAGCUGUGUGGCUGAGCCCAUCAACCAAUUUGUCGAAGAAAUGGACACCCAUAUGGACUUGCUGACAGAGCUUCACCUUCUGGAUAAGGUACCUACUCUAGAGCGACUCCGAGCUGCUCAGAAACGCAGGGCUCAGCAGUUGAAGAAAUGGACUCAGUAUGAGAAGGAGAUGCAGCACAAGAAGCGGAAGCACGAGAAAAAGAGGAAUGUUGGCUGCUCCAGGAAGGUGUCUUUUGAGGCCAGCGUUGCAUUGCUGGAAGCUUCGUUAAGGAACGAUAUUGAGGAAGUCUGUUAUUUAUUGAACAACGACUUCAGUCCCGAUCUGUGCAAUGAAGAUGGAUUAACUGCACUGCAUCAAUGCUGCAUAGACAACUAUGAAGAAAUAGUUACACUCCUUCUGAGCCAUGGGGCCAACGCCAAUGCAAAGGACAAUGAACUGUGGACUCCUCUGCAUGCAGCAGCAACAUGUGGACACAUCAAUCUAGUGAAGAUCCUGAUUCAGCAUGGGGCAGACCUACUGGCAGUCAAUGCAGAUGGCAACAUGCCAUAUGAUCUCUGUGAAGAUGAACCAACUCUGGAUGUUAUUGAGACCUGCAUGGCAUACCAAGGAAUCACACAAGAGAAAAUCAAUGCGAUGAGAGCUGCUCCUGAACAGGGAAUGGUUGAUGAUAUUUCAGAGAUGAUUGCAAGAGGAGAGGAUCUGAACAUAAUAGAUGCUCAAGGUGCUUCACUGUUACAUAUAGCUGCUGCCAAUGGUUAUCUACAUGCAGCAGAGCUGCUUCUAGACCAAGGAACCAGACUGGACCUCAAGGACUGUGAUGGCUGGGAACCCCUCCAUGCUGCUGCUUUCUGGGGACAUAUGCAAAUGGCAGAGCUCUUAGUGUCCCAUGGGGCAAACUUGAGUGCCCGAACAGCUAUGGAUGAGAUGCCAAUAGACCUGUGUGAAGAAGAGGAGUUUAAGGUUCUGCUCUUAGAGCUGAAGCAUAAACAUGAUGUCAUCAUGAAGUCUCAGAUGAGGCAUAAGUCCUCCUUGAACAGGAGAACAUCAAGCACUGGGAGCAGAGGAAAAGUGGUGCGGAGGGCAAGCCUUUCAGAUCGAACAAAUCUUUAUAGAAAGGAAUAUGAGAAGGAGGCUAUCAUCUGGCAACAGAUAGAAUCUUCUGAGGAGCAAAGAACUUCUGAUUACAAUAUUGACAUUCGGGAGGCUUCCUCUAACCAAGAGAACACAGAUCCAAACUUGACCGCUGAUACAGCUAUAAUCCUUCCAGAGCUGGUAACAAAAGGAACACAAUGUGAUUCAGAAAAUCUGCUUCAGAAUGGACUCAGUCUACCCUCCAUUCCUUACCAAUAUUCUAUUCCAAAUGGAGAUGUUUGGCUAAUGCAUUCAGUCCUGGACAAUGAUGGAAGCCAAGCAUUGCCCUACAAUACCCCUGGGAUUUCUGACUCUCAUCACAUCUGGGAUGAGUACAAAGAAAGAAGCCACCAAACCCUUUCUGAACUGAAACGGCAGCGAGCAGCAGCCAAACUUCUCAAUCACCCCUUUAUCAGUACACACUUUGCUAGCGGUAUAGGAGACUCAGUGGAAAAUGGGGGAGAAGCUAAAGAACAUUUGAUUAGUUCCAGGACACCUUCUUAUACAUCCAAUGGAACUUCAGUUUAUUACACCAUGUCAAGUGGUGACCCACCUCUCUUAAAAUUCAAGGCUCCUAUGGAAGAAAUGGAGGAGAAGGUGCAUGGUUGCUGUAGGAUUUCCUGAUCUCAGUUUAUUCCUACCAAGUUGGUAGGCAUGUUGCAUCUACUACUGAAUCUUCAUUUUUACUUUUGCAGGAUCACAGAAUCUGGUUUAAUCAUCUGGGACUAUACCAAAUUCCAUAUUUUGUUUUUGCAGUUUCAUUAAAAAUUGAGCAUGUGUAAGUGGAAAGAGAAGUGAAAGUGAAA